AUGGCUAGCUUCUUCCAAGCAGUCUUCAACCAGUGGGAUAGCGGCUGCAUGGUGCCACCCAUCAAGAAGAAGCCAAAGAUCGAGAAAGGAGAGAAGGGCGCAAUCGUCCGAGAAUGGUCAAAAGACCUCGAAGAGUCGCAUGCCUCCAAGCUAAAGCGCAAGAAAGAGGGCAAAGACGACAAAUCUCAGAUGGCCGUGGGCACGCAGAUCAAAUACCUCCCUGAUAUGACACAGAAGAAGGCCGAGAUUCAGUGCAUCCACCUCUACGACCAGGCUGAGAUCAUGCGGAUCGAUACGUACAACAAGAACGUUCUCGUCACUUUGGCCCGCAUGCGUAUUGUGGACUUUUCGGAGAAUGGGAAUUCCGAGGACAUGCCCGCCCCCGUGGUCAACCCAGAUCAUUUGAUUCACGACCGCCUCGCCCAACGAAAAUACGUGAAGCAGCAUCUGACCAAGGACACGGUGGAGCAUCUUGAGCGCUUUACUGGUGUCUUUGGGGGCAGCUGGGAAAAGAUUCUCUUUCCCAGGAUCUUCGGAGAUAAUUGGAAAGGGAAGCUCUUUGCCAGGAUCUUCGGGGGUAGCUCGAAAGAGUUGCCCUGUGCAAACCCCUCAUCCUCUUGA